ACUUUACAGUGAACAGGUCGGUAGGGUUAAGGCACGAAAAAAUGAGGCUGGGAAAAUGACGCAUGACGAGAAAAUUUCUACAAUGGCCAUCAAGGAUUAAUUAAGGCCGUUGCUGAUCCAACAUCCAACACCUAUUACACUGCACAAUGGCACCCAACGAUACCAACAGCAACAGCACGAACAUGUCUAUCCAUCACAGAAAAGCUGCAGUUUUGGUGUUGUUCUGGAUCCUGGUCCAGUCUAGUAGCCCUGCCGUUGGCUUUCACAACAACAACAACAAUCAGCUGACUCCAAGAUCUCGCCUGCCAAAGCCACAUCCAUCACCAUCCAUACAAGCUGACAUUUCCCAUGGCGGCGCUAGCAGCAAAUCGGAACAGCAACAAGGCACUGCUACCAUUCCCAAUGAAAUUUUCAAUCUAGUCAAAUCCAUUGUCGGUGCCGGAGUUUUAUCCCUGCCGGCUGGCAUUGCCGCGUUUGGCAAUGCUCCCAGUGCCCUCCUCCCAGCAAUCGUGUUGAUUGCCAUCAUGGGGGCCAUUUCCGCCUACACAUUCUCCAUGAUUGCUCGCGUCUGUCGCAUGACACAUGCCACGAGUUAUGCCGAUUGUUGGGACAAGACACGAGGCAACAUGGCAUGGAUCGUGGCGGCAUCGUCGGCACUCGAUUGCUUUGCCGGGAAUCUCACCUAUUCCAUGGUACUGGCGGAUACCUGCAAGGAUCUAUUGGCGGCAUUUGGCAUUGUCACGACGCGAUCCAAGGCACUGCUGGCAUUGACAUCCGUGGUUCUUUUGCCACUCUGUUUGGUCAAGAAUCUGGCAUCUCUAGCGCCCUUUUCGUUGGUAGGAAUCAUGGGCAUGGUAUACACAUCCAUUGCCAUUGGAACACGGUACUUUGGUGGAGACUAUAUUGUUCCAACGGGAAAGUUUGUCCAAGACUUGGCUCCUGGAAUGAUUCCUUCCUUUGGGAGCACGGGAGCCAUGGGGGCACUGUCUCCCAAAUCACUCAUUCUCGUUUCCAUGCUGUCCACCGCAUACAUUGCUCAUUUUAAUGCACCCAAGUUCUACCGAGAACUCAAAAACAACACCAUGGCUCGCUUCAACACAGUGGUAGCAUCCUCCUUUGGACUUUCCAUUGCCUUUUAUGCCUUGGUUUCGUCCAUGGGAUUCCUCACCUUUGGAUCGGCCACAGCAGCCAUGAUACUUAACAACUACUCCACCAAAGACACACUCAUCAGUCUGAGUCGCUUUGCCGUCGGAUUAUCCUUGAUAUUCUCCUACCCGCUCUUGUUUGUGGGGACACGGGAUGGGUUGUUGGAUCUGGCGCAAGUACCGGAAUCCAAACGAUCGGUGCUUCUUUUGAAUCAAAUCACAGUGGGAUUGGUGGCCAUCCUGACGGGUUUGGCCCUCAAAGUGACGGAUCUUACCUUUGUGGCUAGUAUGAGUGGAGCUCUGCUGGGAACGUCCCUGAUUUUCAUUUUCCCCACGCUCAUGUUUCGUGCCGCCGUUGCAAACAGCAAGAAUCCAACUCGAGGGCAACAACUCGAGAGCCGUUUGUGUGCUGUCAUUGCAGCUUUGGGGGUUGCGAUUGCCGGUGUUGGGACCAAGAUGGCAUUGCAAUAACCCAAAAUGCAAGAGUACAUAAUAUAUACCGUAUGUGGGUAACUACACUUCUCGUAGUAGCUAGCUAGCGGGGGGGAAAUGAGAUUAUCAAUACUAUAAUCACAAGCUAGCAUCUGGAAAUCCUUCUG